GGCAGUGGAGACAAAACAGACUUUAAGCAGGUAGAAAUAACCAAACUGAGGUUGUCGGUUUGGUGGCUAAAAUCAAGGCAAGAGUGAAAGUUCACCCUCCACAAAGUACAAACUAUAUUACUAAUCACGGGUAGGUGAAGGGUGCCACUGCCUGAUUUUUUUUCUCUUUUUUAUUCUUUUAGGCCAGAUCACUGCUUGUGUCCACCCGUUACAAAGGGGUUGCACGCCACUACAUCAUCAUCGUCAUUUAAAUGGUGCAGCCUUAUCCAUCCGUUCAUCCAUAAUUUUCCUCUCCCUCAGCAAAAAGAAACACAAAGUGCCAUUUUUUGUUUCUGAUUUCGACCGCUAUGGAAAGGAGCGGCGCUAGCGCGGCGCAGUGACGUCACCCGCACCCCGCUUCAAACGUACGGUGGCGCUGACGUGCUCAUCCUGCGAGUGUCCGUCGAGUGCAGAGGACGGGUCAAGCACGCCUCGGUCAUGUCUGGUCAAGAUGAUCAAACGCCUGGCGUAUCGCCUGCAGAAGAAGAAGUGUUAAGGUCAUCGGUCGUGCCCGGUCUAGAUAAUGAAGCGUCAGGCAUGUCGCCUGCCGAAGGAAAAGUGCUAAAGACUUCGGUCGUGUUCUGUCAAGAUAAUCAAACGUGUCGCGUAUGUCUCGCCGAAGCAGCGUUAAAGACAUCGGCCGGGUCUUGUCAAGACGAUCAAUCGUCUCGCGUAUCGCCUGCUGUAGAAGAGAUGUCGAGGCCGUUGGUCGUGUCUGGCCAAGACGAAGCGUUUGACGCAUCAUCUGACCGAGAAGAGGCGGAGUGGGACAUGUGCCUUUUCAUGGACUGUGACCCGUGGGGGCGCCCGUACUUCUGCUGUGAUUUUGAGGACGCCGUGAGAGGACUUGGACUGUCUCAAGACGACAUCGCAGGCCUCGGGAAAUUGGAAAGAGGAUGGGUGAUUCAGCUAAAGACAACCGAGGCUCUGCAAACCCUCGCAAAGGCUGGGACCAUGCUGGUGAAAGGAUGGUACUGCGCCAUCAUGGAGCCUGCUAUGAAGGAGACUUGGAUGCAGGUGCACUGCGUGCCGCUGCGCAUCACGAAUGCUUUCAUACGGGAAGGGCUUCAAGAGUUUGGCAUUGUCAAAAAGGUGAGCUGUGGCAAAUGGCGCAGGAACGAAAGCGUAGUCUCCAGCACCACCCGACAUGUUCGCAUAUGCCUCAAGGAAGGAAUGAAGGUGACAGACAUACCGUAUCUGUGGGAGCACGGUGGUGAAACGUUUCUCAUCGCUAUCCGAGAGCGACCGCCAUUUUGUCUAAACUGCUGCGCGCUGGGUCAUCUGAGCUUUUCCUGCCCCGCGCCGAGACGCAGCGAGCGAGAGCGUCAGUGUUUGUUUAGGCAGGUGACCGGUGGCGCCCGAGAGAACAAAAACGUAUUCGUGGAGCCGGGAGAAACGCAGGUGAGGGUGACCGACGCCCGUGAGACGGCAAGUGGCUUUGAGAAGAAGAAAGAACCAGAAGCAGUCAGCGAAACAACGGCCCAGCACCCCGAGCAAGCCUCGACUGAUUCUAAAGCUGGGAAAACCGGCUGUGAACCGGAAGACGGUUCCGUAAGCCCGCAAAAAACGCCGCCAGUCACCGAAACAACCGCCGAGCACCCCGAGGAAGCCUCGACUGAUACAAGAACCGGGAGCGCCAGCUGUAAACAGGAAAGUGGUUUUGAAGGCAAUCAAGCAACACCACCAUUCGCCGAAAUAACCGCUGAGCAUCCUGACGAAGUCUCGACUGAUACUGAAACUGGGAACACCGGCAACUGUGAACCAGAAAGUGUUUUGGAGAGCAAGCAAGAAGCACCACCAGGUGCCGAAUCAACCGCUGAACACCCCGGGGAAGUCUCGACUGAUACUGAAACUGGGAACACCGGCAACUGUGAACCGGAAAGUGGUUUGGAGAGCAAGCAAGAAGCAGCACCAGCUGCCGAAUCAACAGCCGAGCACCACGACGGAGUCUCGACUGAUUCAGAAGCUCUGGGAAGUGAGUGGCGGUGCUCGACGAUGUGA